UCCUGCACAGCUCUGCACCAGGUACACCAAAGGAGAUGCGUUGCCUGCUGACGACCCAGAGCCAGGACUGCUACCGAGAGCAGAUCCAGAAGGAGACGUUGACCCGUUUGGCCUGGAAGAACCGCUACGCUAAGCUUUACCCGUCCUGCUACAAUCCCCAAAACAACAGCACAGAGCCAGCACAGCGGCCCCAUCUGCCUGCUGACCCUCGGGCUGUCCUGCCUCCUGUUACCAGGAAACCUGAGAAGCAGAGCGACCUUCCUCCUCCUCCUCCUCCUCCUCCUCCUCCUCCUCCUCCUGUGCUCUCUUUGGAAGGGGAGGGGCGGUUCAAUGUGGCCCCCCAAAUGAGGCCAGUUUCUCCCCAGACCAGACAUGCUCUCUAUCAGGACUCCUCUCACCAUGGGAAAGGGCGGAGUCUGUACCUGCACAGACGUGGCCGCAUUAGACCUGAGGAGAAGUUUGACUUUCCUCUGCUUUCGUCCUGGGAUUAUGGGUGGAAGCUGGGUGACUUCACUCUGGAUUACAGAACUCCGUCCUGUGCCAAGUCGUCGGUGGUGAAGAACACCUUCUACGCCAGGAAUGGUGUGUUCAGCAGCCCAUCAGCUACCGACACGCUGGGCUGAAGUUCAGCCUUCAGACACUCUAAUGAGAGUGUAGAACAGCGAUUAAGCUUUCAUGUGAUAAACACCAUUCCUGUUUGUUUUAAGACACACUCUGAUUUUGUUUUAAUGGCCAAUAGUGCUAACAAAUCCCCAAAUGUCCCCUCAGGUCAUGUCAUUUGGGGAUUUGGGGGUUUUAUUAACCGUUCUGGGUCAGAAUUGCUCUAACAAAACUAGUGUAACUCUUGAUAAAUUACACGGUAUUUUUUUUUGUUUAACCAAGCUUUCUAAUUUUUAUGAGGUUAAUUAUUUUGUGUUUGAGUGAUUUGAUUCUUCCUCCCGCACAAAAACGCUAGUGUCAGAUGUUAGACAACAACUGAAAGAGCAGUGAUUGGUCAGAUAUGACAAAUUUGAAGCAGCAACAAAUAUUUAUGACAGGGUUGUCCUUUCAGGUUCCUUGUGGGAAUGAUGAUGAUGGAAGGAAAAAAAUGCAAAUGCAACAGAUAAAUCCAUCCAGCAAUCCUCUGCUUCCUGUAACACCGUCUGUUUACCAUCCGCACAGUUGUAAGGUUAUACUGAUACUGUGUGAUGGAUAAUUAAUGAACUCCUGGCCUGGUAUCAGUCAGAAAGAUGUACACCUAAUACCUCAGUGUUUUUAAAUAGUCAGCCACUGGAGGAAAUAUUACACACCACAACAUUAAAUAUUUUAUUUGCAAUCAGUUAUAGUAAUUCUGCUAUGCUUCCUCCAAGCAGUGUAGUUUUAUUACUGUUGUACAGAUGUAUUAGCAUAUAACAUAUAAACUUAUUUAAUGUUUAAAUAAGCCGAUACAAACCUUUUCUCUUUCUUUUGGUCCCAGGUGUGUUUACACAUUAUAGGGCUCCACCCCCGAGUGUUUCAAAGUUAAUGCUGUUGAGCCAUGAUUUGUCAACAAAUCUCAUAAAGAGACAAAAACCA